AUGUUCUUCGGAAGCCAUCUUUUUGUGUGUAUACAUGAUAUAAAGGAUAAAUUUCCUUUAAUAGUUUUAUUGACACUACUUAAUCCUUCCACCCCACUUGUUUUUUUAAAAAAUUAUUAUAUUUUUUAA